CUCCCAGGCUCCGGGUUCUCUUAAAUGUUUUCUGGGAGCCUUAAAGAUGGAGAUGACAGAAAUGACUGGUGUGUCACUGAAACGUGGAUGCCGUGUUGUCGAAGAUAAUGACAGUGCGUCCCCAACUGAAGAGACAAAAAAACAAAAGGUCUCAGAAUGCUGUCUGAUCGAAGGUCAAGACGGGCUAGAGAACGACUCUGUGCCCGGCAGCGUAAACAUACCUGUGCCCCCAGCAGCUGUAAGCGCUGGGACAGGUAAAAAGGAUUCUGACGCUCAGAUGGAAGAAGAGGAAGAGGAGGAAGAAGAUGGCCUUUCAGAAGAGGGUGAGGAGGAAGAAGCAGAGAGUUUUGCAGACAUGAUGAAGCAUGGGCUCACAGAACUGGAUGUUGGCAUCACCAAGUUUGUAAGUUCUCACCAAGGAUUCUCAGGAAUCUUAAAAGAAAGGUACUCCGACUUCGUCGUCCAUGAAAUAGGAAAAGAUGGACGGAUCAGCCAUUUGGAUGACUUGUCUGUUCCAGUGGAUGAGGAGGAUCCCUCAGAAGACGUAUUUACGGUUUUGACAGCUGAAGAAAAGCAGCGCUUGGAAGAGCUCCAGCUUUUUAAGAAUAAGGAAGCCAGUGUUGCCAUUGAGGUUAUUGAGGACACCAAAGAGAAAAGAACUGUCAUCCAUCAGGCUAUUAAAUCUCUGUUUCCAGGAUUAGAGACCAAAACAGAGGACAGAGAGGGGAAGAAGUUCAUUGUAGCCUACCAUGCAGCUGGAAAGAAGGCUCUGGCAAAUCCAAGAAAACAUUCUUGGCCAAAAUCUAGGGGAAGUUACUGCCACUUUGUACUCUACAAGGAAAACAAAGAUACCAUGGAUGCUAUUAAUGUAUUGUCCAAAUAUUUGAGGGUCAAGCCGAAUAUAUUCUCCUACAUGGGAACCAAAGAUAAAAGGGCUAUCACGGUCCAAGAGAUCGCUGUCCUCAAAAUAACUGCACAGAGACUCGCACACCUGAAUAAGUGCUUGAUGAACUUCAAGCUGGGGAAUUUCAGCUAUCAGAAAAGCCCUCUGAAGCUGGGUGAGCUCCAAGGAAAUCAUUUCACUGUUGUUCUCAGAAAUAUAACAGGAACUGAUGACCAAGUACAACAAGCUAUGAACUCUCUCAAGGAGAUCGGAUUUAUUAACUACUAUGGAAUGCAAAGAUUUGGAACGACAGCUGUCCCUACGUAUCAAGUCGGAAGGGCUAUACUACAAAAUUCGUGGACAGAAGUCAUGGACCUAAUAUUGAAACCCCGCUCUGGAGCUGAAAAGGGGUAUUUGGUUAAAUGCAGGGAAGAAUGGGCGAAGACCAAAGACCCAGCCGCUGCCCUCAAAAAACUACCUGUCAAAAGGUGUGUGGAAGGGCAGCUGCUUCGAGGACUUUCAAAAUAUGGAAUGAAGAAUAUAGUCUCUGCAUUUGGCAUAAUACCAAGAAAUAAUCGCUUAAUGUAUAUUCAUAGCUAUCAAAGCUAUGUGUGGAAUAACAUGGUGAGCAAGAGGAUAGAAGAAUAUGGACUAAAACCUGUUCCAGGAGACCUUAUUCUCAAAGGAGCCACAGCCACCUAUAUUGAGGAAGAAGAUGUUAAUAAUUACUCCAUCCAUGAUGUGGUAAUGCCCUUGCCUGGUUUCGAUAUUAUCUACCCAAAACAUAAAAUUAGUGAAGCCUACCGGGAAAUGCUCACAGCAGACAAUCUUGAUAUUGACAACAUGAGACACAAAAUUCGAGAUUAUUCCUUAUCAGGGGCCUACCGGAAAAUCAUUAUUCGUCCUCAGAAUGUCAGCUGGGAAGUCGUCGCAUAUGAUGAUCCUAAAAUUCCACUUUUCAACACAGAUGUAGACAACCUAGAAGGGAAACCACCACCAGUUUUUGCUUCUGAAGGCAAAUACAGGGCUCUGAAAAUGGAUUUCUCUCUUCCUCCUUCCACUUACGCUACCAUGGCUAUUCGAGAAGUGCUAAAAAUGGAUACCAGCAUCAAGCAUCAGACCCAGCUGAAUACGACGUGGCUCCGCUGAAGAGGGCCUGGUCCACGGAUUAGAAAGCACACACACGUGUUGGCUCACUGGCUUCUUGUUCAUUUCUUAGUACAGACCCGUUUGUGGAUUCCAAGUUUUUUGUAGCAAUGGAUUAUUUGUAUUUUUUAAAGUUUUUAUUAGCUUAAAGAGAUAAUUUGCAAUUUUUGUACACAUACAUAAGUCCUGAGGAUCCUAAUUUUAGCUCAGAGAAUUUAAGUUGGUUGGAAUAUACUUCAGGUGCUUAAAUCAUAGUAAAAUGUCAGCUUUACUGGCUUUAUAAAAAUAGAAAAGGACUUUGGUUUAAACUGUUGAAAGUAGCAGUUCUAGGUUUUGCUGCAUUCUCAAAGGACAAUAAGAAUUUUUAACCUAUCCAUGAAUGGAGUACCCAGUAAUGCAUUUUAAUAGCAAAUAGAACAAAUCUUGACCAUGAAUAAGUGAUUCGAGGGCCCCCAGCUGUGAACAUAGAGUAUUUGUGCUGGUAUAAAUGAUGAUAAAACAUCCCCAGGUUUGGGGACUAGCAGUUAGCGUAAUGGCUAUGUCACUGGACUCCCAUGU